UUAGUCAAUGAUAAUAUCAAGAAAGCAAUAUUUUUUACUUUGAAGCCAUUUCAGCGACAGCGCCACAUGAAGAUGCAGGUUAAGGAUGUGUGACACAUCACAUGAUGUUUCACCAAAUUCAUAACUAAAUAUUGAAAUUUUACAUUAUACCUAAUGCAUAAAAAAAAAAUCAUCAAUGUUUUAUUGCAAGAUUCGAUAGUGCAAUUAAUCUGAACGAUUCAUUCAAUGAUAAAUAUAUCUAACCGAUUAUUGCAAACGUGUGACAAAGUCUUCAGAUCAACGCCAUUUUUAGGUAGUGUAAGUUGUUGUGUAGUGGAGGAAAGGUUGGGCCACGUAGUUACUUCAUGGGAAAAGAUUUAAAUUCCGUUUCUACGUCAUUAUUAUUCGGAAUUAUUCAAUAUUGUAAAUAUACAUUGUACAGUGAAAAAUGGUAUGUAUUUUGGUAACGUAAUUUCAUAAAUAAUUUGUCAUUUGCUUCUGUAUACCUGUUUUUACUAUUUAACUAUAGCGAUAAUGACGAACAAUCACACCGCUAAUUAUUUUGUACUCCAAUGAAUGAUUACUAUAAUUUAUUUCUGAUACAAAUACUUACUUAAUUUAUACAGUAUUUGAUAAUAAAUUGUUUCGUUUUUUUCGUUUACUUUCUUCUUUUACUUUUGACAGCUGGCUAACUUAUAAGGGCAUGUGUUGUCAAUAAUGAACGAUGUACAUUGAAAAAUGAAGUAAAUAUGACAUACAAUUAUUUGUACGACGCCUUUUAUAUAAAUGGUUUAGUGAUACUGAUAAGAUAUGUUAUGCUCAUAUGAUUAAUGUGGGUUUCAUUGCAUUAGUUUUCACAGAAUUUUUCUGAUAUCUUUAAUCGAUAGUAAUAUUAACCAAUAAUAAUAAUAGUAUAUGGACAUAGAUGUGACAUUGUCUAUCACUAUCAGAUAUUGCUAUUGUCAAUUAACCAUAAUACUGAUCAAAAAUAAUAUUAUUUUAUUAUAAUCAAUAAAAAGAGGUUAUUGAAACUUGUAUCAGUGAAGUUACAGUCAGCAAAGUAUAAAAUAUACAUCUUCAAACAUGCUCACUAUAGUAUUUUAACCAAGUUUGUUUUGUUACUUUUUAUUGCACAUAACGUGAUGUCAUGCAUAUUUCAUUUUAAAUCAUAAAUAUAUAUUUUCCUUUUUUCUAGCCAUUGAGAUUAGAUAUCAAGCGAAAACUGACUGCUAGGUCAGACAGAGUGAAGAGUGUGGAUCUUCAUCCUACAGAACCAUGGAUGCUCUGUUCAUUGUAUCAGGGAAAUGUUAAUAUUUGGAAUCAUGAAACUCAGAUGUUGGUCAAGACGUUUGAAGUAUGCGACCUGCCAGUUCGUACAGCUAAGUUUGUGCCACGCAAAAAUUGGGUUGUUACUGGUUCAGAUGACAUGCAAGUCAGAGUAUUUAAUUAUAAUACUUUGGAACGUGUGCAUUCUUUUGAGGCACAUAGUGACUAUGUCAGAUGCAUUGCUGUGCAUCCAACGCAACCAUUCAUAUUAACAAGCAGUGAUGACAUGUUAAUUAAGUUGUGGAAUUGGGAGAAAGGUUGGAUAGGACAACAGGUAUUUGAAGGACAUACACAUUAUGUAAUGCAAGUAGUAUUUAAUCCAAAGGACAACAAUACGUUUGCAAGCGCUUCAUUAGACAGAACAGUAAAAGUUUGGCAGCUUGGAUCUUCCACUGCCAAUUUCACUUUAGACGGUCAUGAGAAAGGCGUGAAUUGUGUUGACUAUUAUCAUGGUGGAGACAAACCAUACUUAAUAUCAGGAGCAGAUGAUAAUUAUGUCAAAAUUUGGGAUUAUCAAAAUAAAACUUGUGUACAAACAUUGGAGGGGCACACGCAAAAUAUUUGUGCUGUUUGCUUCCAUCCGGAAUUGCCCAUCAUUCUUACUGGUUCUGAAGAUGGAACAGUUCGAAUAUGGCAUGCUGGAACAUAUAGACUGGAAUCUUCCCUUAAUUAUGGUUUUGAGAGAGUAUGGACGAUUGCUUGCUUACGGGGCUCGAACAAUGUUGCAAUUGGUUACGAUGAGAGUAGUGUUAUAGUAAAAGUUGGCAGAGAGGAACCCGCAGUCUCGAUGGAUUCACUAGGUGGCAAGAUCGUCUGGGCAAAGCACAGUGAAAUUCAGCAAGUAAACUUGAAAGCUCUAGGAGAGGAAACACAAGAUGGAGAGAGGCUUCCAUUAGCUGUGAAAGACAUGGGUGCCUGUGAAAUCUAUCCACAAACUAUCCAGCACAAUCCAAAUGGAAGAUUUCUGGUGGUUUGUGGAGAUGGAGAGUAUAUCAUUUACACGUCUAUGGCUCUAAGAAAUAAAGCGUUUGGUCAAGCAUCGGAAUUCAUCUGGGCAGCUGAUACAAAUCAGUAUGCUGUCAGAGAAAGCAACACCACUGUUAAAGUCUUCAAGAACUUUAAAGAAAAGAAAAGCUUUAAGCCUGAUUUUGGUGCUGAUGGUAUUUUUGGUGGAUUUUUACUGGGCGUUUCUUCCGGAUCUGGUCUAUCAUUCUUCGACUGGGAAAUGCUAAAAUUAAUUCGUCGUAUAGACAUUCAACCUACACAUGUCUAUUGGGCCGAAAAUGGCUCUUUGGUAGCGUUAGCCACGUCCGAUCAAUAUUUUAUUUUGAAAUACCAUGCCGACGCCGUUGCAAACGCCUCAGAAAAUUCAGAAGAUAUUGAAGAUGCUUUUGAGAUGGUAGCAGAAAUGAGUGAAGUUGUGAAAACUGGACUCUGGGUCGGCGACUGCUUCAUUUACACAAACAGCGUAAAUCGAAUAAACUAUUUCGUCGGUGGAGAAGUUGUGACCGUGUCACACUUAGAUAGACCAAUGUACCUUCUUGGAUAUGUCCCGAGAGAUAACAGAUUGUAUCUGUGCGACAAGGAACUGUCAGUUGUCUCGUAUUCGUUAUUGUUAUCUGUAUUAGAAUACCAGACUGCUGUUAUGCGAAAAGAUUUCGAAACAGCAGACAGAGUUCUUCCCACGGUCCCCAAGGAACAUCGUACGCGUGUGGCACAUUUCUUAGAGAAGCAGGGUUUCAAAGAACAAGCAUUGGCUGUAUCUACGGAUCCAGAGCACAGGUUCGAGUUGGCUUUAGCGUUGGGAGAUCUCGUGACGGCGCACUCGCUUGCCAAAGAAGCGAACAGCCAGCAAAAGUGGCGACAAUUGGCAUCUCUCGCCACGCAGAAAGGGAAAUUGUGCUUGGCGCAAGAAUGUUUACAUCAGGCGCAAGACUUCGGCGGACUCCUAUUACUUGCCACGAGUACAGGAAACGCGAGCAUGAUUCAGAAAUUAGGCACAGACGCCGACGAUACAGGCAAGAACAAUAUCUCUUUCUUGUCGUACUUCAUCCUUGGAGACUUGGACAAAUGUCUAGACAUUCUCAUAAAGACGGACAGAACUCCAGAGGCUGCGUUCUUUGCGAGAACGUAUGCUCCUAGUAAAAUUUCGUCCAUCGUGAAACUGUGGAAAGAAAAACUGUCGACUGUAAGCAAGAAAGCCGGACAGAGUUUGGCCGAUCCUGAACAGUACGAAAAUCUGUUCCCUGGAUACAGAGAAGCGUUGAAGGUGGAACAGUUCCUCAGAGAAGAGAGUAAAAAGAAAAUUCCAGCGUCUGCCUUCCCGAACGUGCAACCUAACGUUGAACGAAAACCAUUCGAAGAAAUGCUAGCAGCUGAACAGGCAAAUCGUUUCAGCUAUAAAGUAGUAACAAGCACUACCGACGAGAUAGGAGAAUCGACCGAGAUUCUAACAGAGAGGCUACAGGAUCUUGAUAUUGGUAAGAUCAUUUCAUCAUCCACGGGGAAGUCUGAUCUACCGGAGAAGAUCAUGAAGACAACCAGCAGCUCCAGGCCAUUAACCGUGGACGAAGACGAUCUCGAUCUCGAUCUUGAAAUCGAUGACACUAUAGAUACUACUGGUGUGAGUCUUGAUGAUGACCUCCUUGAAGAAGAUUAGCCCGUCGAUUGGAAGAUAAACAAUACGUGUAUUUCACACGUACAAUUUCCAUUCUCCCGUCAAUCAUUCCCCACGAGUCGACCAGAGUCGUUUAGAAUCAAGUAUUAAAAAAAAAAAGAAAAGAAACCGUCGAAGAAUAUUCUUGUGCGCGAGUGUUUUUAUCAUGCACAAUAUUCAGCCUGUGCACGCAGACUUUAUCCAUGUACCGAGAAUUAUAUAUAUUGUAAUAUAACAAAACGUUCACAUAACGUUUCCACCUGUUUCUUUCCGUAGCCAUCGUUUCCGAUCCUGAGGUACCUUUUUUCUUUUUUAUUGACCCUUGGGAACUUAGAAAAUUUACAAGGUUACAUGUUCAUACAACAAAGUGAUUCAAUAAAAUUUAAUCUUUAUUUCAUUUUGCAGAUAAACACUCUUAUGGCUUCUUAUCAUUCUAAGGAAAUAAGAAAAAAAGAAAAAUAUACAACGAAAAUAUUUCUGACCUAGAAAUUAACUCACAAUAAACCUUCAAUUCAUUCUCACAGCAAAUAACAUCCCAAUGAAAAACGAAGAAUGAUUUGUCGAUCUCUCCAUAUCUCCUUUCAAUGAUGUCAUCAUCAUCAUCCACAUUUCCCAUGCUGAGCAAACUUUCCAUUAAAGGAUCCUAAAAAUAAUACAAACUUCAUAAGCGAGGAACACGUUAACUCUCUUUGAAAAACCGUACGUGUCGUCGGUCACUGUAGAAAGAGAGAGAGAUACAUUUUGCGCGACUGGUACGUGCUCCGACGUCCCCCCAGCAUAACAUGUGCUCGAGGAAGGCGCUAACUAUCGUAUUCCAUCUCUAUUUUCAUUGUGUGGCGCUUGAACCUUACUGAUUCGUUUGCAAGACUGUUCGCAGAUUCUGAAGGAGGCAUAGAGGCGAGGGGAAUGUAGAAAGAAAUAGCAAAAUCUAUGGAGCGUUUAAUGAUUUGAAGAAAUCGUUGAAAAGAAAUUGGAACAAUUUUGAAAAAACGGAAGUAGGACGAAUGGAACGAAAAAUUGGAACUACCGUAACCUCUUUUCGUUUAGAAAGCUUAUAUUUGUCUGCGUGCCUUUUUGUAUUUUUAUUUUUUUUUUUUUUUUUU